AUGUCAAAAACAACAAAAGCUAAAGCUGAAAAACGAAAUAUUGGGACACAAACGCGUGAAAUUGAUACUAUGUUAGAAAUAGCACGCUUGCAGGAACAAGUGAAGCUUCUUACCAUUGAAAAUGACCAUUUGCGAAAAUAUACUAGUGAAAAUUCAUCAAGUAUCUCACAGUUUAUAACACCUACAACAAGUCCUAAUUGUAUAGAUAAAACAGUUAACCAUAAUGAAACAAAGCAGAAACCCUUACAAAGUCAAAGUACACAGAGAAGAAGUAAUAAAGCAGCAAUACGUGGAUGUAAUUGUAAAGGGAAAUGUUCUUCUAAAAUAUGUGGUUGUGUAAAAAAAGAUACUCAAUGUGGAGAGUGGUGUAAAUGUAAUAAUGAUACUUGCAAAAAUCAGGAGCAUCAAGACAUGGAUCAAGACACAGAAAAUUUGGUGCCUAAUGAAUUAAGACAUAAACAGAUGAAAAGCCAACAACUAGUGAAUAAACACAUAAUAGAUAAUAAUGCACAUAAGAGUCUCUUUUCUCCAAAUGCUUCGAUACAGGACUGUGCUCUUAAUACGGAAGAAUUUCAAUCAACAUCUUUAUACUUUGGCUGCCCUAAUCAGUUAACAUUUAUAUCUGAUGAAGAACAAACAAAAACAGACAAAAAUGGAAAACUUGAAGAAAUAGUGAAAAAUGAUCAGAAAACUGUAACAAAGAGAAAAGGUAGACCUAAGAAAAACAGUUUUCAGGUAAAUGGUUCUCAAUAUGUACGAAAACUCAGGUCCAGCUCUAACGAAGAUAAACAUAGACAAGAUGAUGUGAAGAUAGAAAAGCACAUACUAAGGAAAUACAGCUCUAAUGAAAUGCAAAUGAAUGAGGAACUUCAAAAAAUAGAAAAACGAACGAAAAAUAUUGUUCAAAACGUAAUGAGUGGUAUGGUAUCUCUUAGACGACGUCAAAUGAAAUCUAAACAGGAUAAAGUCAAAGAUACAAAUACUGGUAGUGAUACUGAUUCAGAAAAAGAAGUUACUAGUUCAGUCUCAAAGGUAAAUAAUUUAAAAGAAACAGAAAUACAAACACAUAAUGAUAAGCAAUCAGAUGACAUAAAUGAGCAUGAUGAUCCUGAUUUUAAUCCUAUGAAACCUAAACGUGAAUUACCUAGAACACCAGUUCAUGGUAACAGUGAAACAAUACCUUGUAAUACUCAUGAUACAUCAUUAUCCAUUUCUAAUGUUACUAUAACAGAAGAAGAACUUCUUCAAAUGCCUAUAGACCUGAGUCAAGCUCAAGUAAACUGGGAAGAACAUCAAUCUCAGCUUGUUGCAUGUAAUAAAUGCAAAAGAAAAUUCCAUCCAUUAAGAAUUAAAAAACAUCAAAACUGUUGCAAAAAAGUGUGA